AUGUCGGAGAGAUCAAGCGGAAAUGACUCGGGGACUAACCCCGCCAUUAUGAGGAUGCUCGAAGAGCUCACCAAAAGGAUUGAGUCCGGGGAAAAAAAGAUUGAGGACAAUGAUAAAAAAGUGAAAACUUAUAACUCCCGUGUUGACCAAAUACCUGGGGCAUCUCCAGUUUUGAAAGGUUUAGAUGCCAAAAAGUUCAUACAAAAACCAUUCCCUCAGAGCGCAGUUUCGAUGCCCAUUCCCAAAAUGUUUCGCAUGCCUGAUGUACCCAAAUAUAACGGGACAAUAGAACCCCAACGAGCUAUUACUUCAUACACUUGUGGGAUCAAAGGAAAUGACUUGAAUAACAAUGAAAUCGACGACGCCUUUGUGAAAGCACACGCCGGGGCCAUAAAGGUGGCCACGAGAAAAACAGACAUCUUCAAGAUAAAACAGAGGAACGAUAAGAUGUUGAGGGAGUUCGUGUCUAGGUUUCAGAUAGAGCGAAUGGAGAUACUGUCGAUCUCAUGUGCACAACCGUUACCAAUCAAAAACCAGGGUCGAGGACAACUAGUUGGGAGCCCCUCGGGUUUAGUUCAUCCUAACAGGUUCGCAGCCAAGCCACCGAGGGAUGCGGACAGGGAAUCAAGAUCGAAUAAGGAGAGAUAUCAACCUUAUGUCGAUUAUAGGAACCACGGGUCGGGUCGAAAUGCUCCUCUAAAUGAUCGAGGUCAAAGCUCUCGGGGACUCAUGAGUAAGAGUAGGUUCGAUAAGCAUACCGACCCCGUAAAGGAACCUCGAUUGUCAGAGUAUAACUUCAGCAUAGAUGCAUCAGGGAUCGUGUCAGCUAUUGGAAGAAUCAAAGACACCAGGUGGCCUAGGCCCAUACAAACCGUUUCUUCUCAAAGGAACCCAAACUUGAUGUGCAAACAUCAUGGCACACAUUGUCAUAAAACCGAAGAUUGCAGGCAGCUAAGAGAGGAGGUAGCUCGAUUGUUUAAUGAGGGUCGCCUUCGAGAAUUCUUCAGUGAUCAAGCCAAAAACCACUUCAGGGAGAGAGAUGCAAGGAAAAAUGAGCAAGAGGAACCACACCAUGUAAUCCACAUGAUCAUUAGCGGAGUUGAUGUACCUCAACGACCUAUAUUCAAACGCACCAAAGUAAAAUGGACUCGGAGCUAUGACCUCGAGGACGCCUUAUCAUUUUAUAACGAAGAAGUAGAAGGUAUAUCUCAGCCACACAACGACGCCCUGGUAAUCGAAUACGAAGAUGAGAAUUUCCUUACUCCUCGAACUUCCGUCGUUCCUGAAGAGUCCAAUGCAACUAAGUCAAUGAUAGAGGAAUUGGAGCAGGUUAUACAGAUCGAAUAUAUGCCCGAAAGAAAGAUAUGA